AUGCCACCUAAGGUACUAGGAGUCGGUCCAUCAUGCAACGAAUGUCGCCGUCGGAAAAUAAAAUGUGACCGCUCUAUUCCGUGUUCAUAUUGUGUCAAGACUGGAAUUCAUUGCAUCUAUCCAGAAUCCGCUCUUGAGACUGGCGGCCAUGAGGAUCUGCAAGACCGUAUACAGGGCAUUGAACUCAGGCUACAAUCAUUGGAGGGGGGCAUAUCGGAAAUCAAGCAAUUGUUGCAAAUGAGUCUCGCAAGGCAGCAUGAACAACGAGAUCUCGUGAAGGCAUCGCCUACAAACCACGGAGCUACCGUUUCGAAUGACACAACAGAUAUUGAGAUGGUACCAUGGUCCACGGAGGAGUCAAUGAAACCCCGUCACAGCCAGCCAGCAUUUCUCUCAACCGAUCCAUUGCCGAUGCUGAGCUCUCUCCAUCCAUCCCCGACCAUUGUCAUUCUCAUAUGGCAGAGAUUCAUUGACAGCAUUGACUCGCUCUUGAAAUUAUUCCACAUCCCAUCCCUCCAGAGACAGAUAGUCAACGCAAUCAGAGCAUUGGAUCGGGUGGAACCAUAUAUAGAAUGUCAGAUGUUUGCAAUCUACUAUUGCACUGUCGUCGACAUGCCAUCUGAUGACUGUCAGUAUAUUUUGGGCGAGAAAAAGGGAACCUUAGUUAGCAGGUAUCGGGCCGCUGUUGAAACUGCUCUAGCAAGGGUAGAUCUUUUGAACUCACCGAACAUUGCGAGUCUGCAGGCAUUCGUUCUAUAUCUUUCCUGUGCGGCGCGUGAUGAACAAGGGCCGGAUGCACAUACACUGAUAGGGGUGGCGAUCAGAAACGCAAUCCGACUCAAACUCCAUCACCAUGGAACGACUCUUGGCUACCUACCCUUCGAGGCAGAAAUGCGGCGACGUCUAUGGUGGCAGAUAUGUGUAAUAGAUGUCUGCAUGGCAGUGGAACAUGACACGGAACCAGUUAUCCUGGAGAAGUCAUUCAAUACUCCAUUUCCUUCUAAUGUGAAUGACUCGAUGCUGGAUCCUGAUAUGAAAGAACUUCCUGCUAGCCUGACCGGGAAAAGUGAGAUGCUCUUCACUUUGCUGCGGUUUGAGAUUUGCUAUUUUGCCCGCCAGAUAAUAUUUUCGGAAAAGUUCUGUCGCGAUAAUUUUUACGCGAUACUUUCAGCGACCGAAAAGUGCGAGGCUGUCGACGCGUUUCGGUCUCGGAUUGAGGCUCAAUAUUUGGUACAUUUCAAUACUAUCACUGCAUUCGCUGACAGGGUUGUUAUUGCGGUUAGAUCUGUACUAGACACGUUGAAACGGGUGCCUGACGGUUCUAGUACUCAUGGCAUCCAACUCGACUUGAGAGAAGUGUUUAGAGAUAUUCGCCAUCGGGAGUCAAAAUAA